AUGAAAAGCAGAUAUUAUCAGGCAUUGAAUUCAAAUUUGUUACAGGAGCGUGACGAGCGUAUGUUGUCCUUUACUAGGCCGCUCGUGGCAUUAGGGGAAAUAGUUGCAUUGCAUACACGACCUUCUCAAAUUUAUCACGCAGUUGAGACCUUACAACAGAUUUUAGAGGGUACAAAUAUAUGGUCUAUCAUGACAUAUCAACGUCGUCAUGGUUAA